UGUCAGGGGCCGAUCGCCUACCUUCCUUUCUUAGGUGACUCCGGCCACAGCCCGUUGCCCGCGGCCGCCGGCGAAGUUCAGUCGCAGCCCCCGAAGCGUCCCAGGGUCCCUCCCGAGCGGCAGCGGCGGGUCCAUGGAGAAAGGCCCGGUGCGAGCGCCGGCGAAGCCGCAGGACCGCAGGUGCAGCAAUGGGUGCCUUGAGGGAGAGCCGCCGCGGCCAGGGCCGAGCCGACCCGCCGAGAAGCCGCCGCGGCCGGAGACCAAGCGAGCCCAGGCGGCGGACGGCUGGAAGGGCGAGCGGCCCCGCAGCGAGGAGGACAACGAGCUGAACCUCCCCAACCUGGCGGCCGCCUACUCGUCCAUCCUGCGCUCGCUGGGCGAGAACCCCCAUCGGCAGGGACUGCUCAAGACGCCCUGGAGGGCGGCCACGGCCAUGCAGUUCUUCACCAAGGGCUACCAGGAGACCAUCUCAGAUGUCCUAAAUGAUGCUAUAUUUGAUGAAGACCAUGAUGAGAUGGUGAUUGUGAAGGACAUAGAUAUGUUUUCCAUGUGUGAACAUCAUCUAGUUCCAUUUAUUGGAAAGGUUCAUAUUGGUUAUCUUCCUAAUAAGCAAGUCCUUGGCCUCAGCAAACUUGCGAGGAUUGUAGAAAUCUAUAGCAGAAGAUUACAAGUUCAAGAGCGCCUUACGAAACAGAUCGCUGUAGCCAUCACAGAAGCCUUACGGCCUGCUGGAGUUGGGGUAGUGGUUGAAGCAACACACAUGUGUAUGGUAAUGCGAGGGGUACAGAAAAUGAACAGCAAAACUGUGACCAGCACGAUGUUGGGUGUGUUCCGGGAAGAUCCAAAGACUCGGGAGGAGUUUCUCACUCUCAUUAGGAGCUGAACUUCGGCGUGUGCCGUGUGCUAUGCAGAUCAUGCUUCUAGAAGCAUUGUUUGUCUGGUCUUAAUUGUGCAUUCCAUUCUCAGUUGUAACAGACGUGAAACAUUCCUUGUCACUGUGUUAAAUAAUUAUUUAUUGCAAGUCAAAUAAAAAUAAUUAAUAAAAGGGUGGGCCUUCUACUUUCUUCCUGCCACCUUUUAGUGGCAACAUUUAAGCAAACUGCCAACAUUUUAAGUUAUAUGCACAAAAUCACUGCCAUUCUGAUAGCCUGAGGGUGCUGGGAAGGGAGAAGAACUCACGUAUUUUGUUCAAAUAAUAUAGUAAUUUGGUUUAUAAGCAAAGGAGUGUUGGGAAUUGGAGAAAACUAUGACCUAUACACUGCGUUUUCCACUCCCUAACCAGAAAUGGUGCAGCGCUUCAAAUAAUUUACUGUCCAGUGUGCGGCACUGCUCUGCAAAUUCUAAGUUCAACAGGCUUCAUUUUAAUCGUGUUUAUUAAACUGCCAGUGACACUUUAUUUUUUAUAUAUUUAUUUUUUAACUGUCCAGUUGUAAUGUCGGUUACCAAAGGAAGGUGGUGAAAUAUCUAUGUUUUUUAUUUUACUUUGAGUUAAAAAGGCACAUUUCUACCUUCUAUUUUUAAAAAAAUCCUGUAUAAGGAAUUAGUUCCUGGAGUUGUUUACGAGUGUAUUCUCAUGUCAACAUACAGAGAUUUAGACGUUUAACUCUCUGUGCCUUGAUGAGAAUAGCACACCAUUUAGAGUGUAGAUACCUUUGCCUUUAUUUAAACGCAAAACUUUAUAAGACUCUGUACUGACACUGUACAUAACUUGUCCUCAAAGUUCUACCUUUGGAAGCUUCCUGGGAGCUUAAUUUGUGUGUUCCUUGCAGAUGCCUCAAAACUAUUUUUUUUUAUCUUAUCAAAUAUUUUUUCUAAGUAUUCCAGAAACUUGAGAGCAUCCAUCACUUUCAGGCCCACAGAACCAUAGCUUCCAUGAACAUGAAAGAUGCAGAAUUAACUCAUUGUGAACUGUGUUAGGAGCUACGUCCAAAGUCUAACAACAGCUGUAUUGUUGGUGUCUGUUAAGACGCACCAUCAUUUUCUGGAAUUACUAGAAAAUACCGGAAGCCCUCAUACUGGUCUCCCUUGUGGUCCAUGUGGGUCUUGUCUUCAGUGUAACUGUUCAAGCAGUCUAGGUCUUUUAGUCCAGGAAGCUGUUGCCUUAUUAAUGAUUUUGUUAAAAUGUCCUCUACCAGGGUGGUGUGGGCCAAAUUAAAACAAAAAACAAUCAACUACCCCAACUCCCCUGCAAAAACACAAACAUAAUUAAUUAUUCCAUGGAGAAGUUUCUUAUUUGGCUGAUGUAGUGCUCUUCAAAUUUAUCCCAUUACCUUAGGAAGAAUCAACUACAAUGCUUGCUUUAGCUUUGGUCAUCCUAUCUCUGCCACUUUGAUGCUGUUUGGCUUAGGAUGGGGCAAUAUUUCUUUAAAAAAUUCUUCCCUACUUCUAUUUCUUAUAUUUUUUUUAUAUUUGGAGUUUCUAAAGUAUAGUGGUGGAUGAUUUUGAGUUCCUUUGAAAAUUGAAGCUAAUAUAAACAUUAUCCUGCUUAAUAUUUAGACAUUUAGAGGUAGAAUUAAGCACUCAACUCAUGUUUGGUAUUUCAAAGUAAAAACAGAUGUGACUUGAAGGACCAAAGAAAUUGUUAGCUAUAAAUUUAUCUUUCUGAGAUCAAUUGUAUUCCUUUUUUUAAUGACUCUUUGCUCUAACAUUUCCUAGAAGUGUUCUCAUAGAGUUCUAAUGUAUCCACAGGCUGCCAUCUUAUUGGUAAAUACAAAGUAAUUACCUUGUUUCUUUUACUCUGGUCUGUAGUACUUCAAAGUGACUUUUUCAUAUUCAUGACCUUGAUUCCAUUUUGGAGAUUUUUAAGAAUUUGAUGCAUUUAAAUACACUGUUCAAUUAAAUUGUUUGAAUUUUAUGUAUGUGUGUGUAUAUGUUUCUGAAGUUGAUUCUAUUUAAGUUAUUAAAGUAUUAUGACUUUGCUCUUGUGAAA